AUGAACCCUCAGCAAUCCAAUGAUCAUAGAACUUCUCCCAACAUUUUUGAAGACGACGAUUUACUGACCUUUGACAACAACCAUCCCUCUGGAAGUUACCUUACACCUGAAAUCACUGCUAGAUUUAAAGAAGUGACCGUAGAAGUUGCUGCUGCUGCCAGACCUCCUGUUCAUGAAACCAAUUUAGUCUGUUUAACAACUACAUUAGCCAUGUAUUUCGAAGCAAGACCUCGAACCAACAAUAAUCACGGCAACCACAGCAAUCAUGCCCCUUCUGUUCGUCAUCAACUGUACACCACUCAAAGACCCAGCCGCUAUAGGAAAAUAGCAUCCAUGCCAGUUAAUAAAGGAUUCCAUUCCAACCAGGCCCCUGAAAUUGUGCCUGCCAUGGCCCCGUCAAGUGAAAACCCACUAGUAACAACUACCCCAAUAAUGUCUGCCCCAGUAAUGCCUACCUUAGCAGCACCUAUACCAGUGGAUCCCCCACAAGAGCCUAAUAAACCAAAAAAGCCAGAUGAUGAAGACCCAUUCGACGAUUUCGAAUUUGACAAUGAAGAUUUAGACGAAGUAAAAAGGUUCUUGACUGACCAAUGUAGUGUGUUAGAGCUGUAUGACAAUCUGUGGCUCGACCAUGAAAGUCCUACUGUGUAUUUGUCUAGUGUUAAAUGUAUUCUAGUAAAGAAAACUGAGAAAGAGGAAGAAAGCAUAAUCGAAAAAUUAAAGAAGAAUCUUGAUAACGAAGCUCUAACAGAUGAUUAA